CGCGUGUGCGUGCGGGAGAGUGUGCGCGCGCUGGUCACUACACCAACUUUUUUUUUUUCAACGACCCGCUUCUGGAGUGUGCGUUUGUGUGUGUGUGUGUGUGUGUGUGUGUGUGUGUGUGUUUGCGCGCGCGUGUGUGCAUGAGUGUGAGUGUGCGCGUGUGUUUUUUUCCACCCCAGGACUGGAGGCGCAGAGCGCGCGGCGGCGUGGCGGAUGUUCUCAUCUCUCAGGAGCGUCUUCUGUACCAUGGAGAACCGCGUUCUGCUCUACGCGUCGUUACCGUGAAGCCUCAACGGAGUCAUGUGGAGCUGCACGGGCGCUUUCCUGCACUCGGUUUGCAUCGUUCUGACGUUUUGGUUUGAGGUGUGCUGGGCGUCUGGUUACAUGGAGCUGCGUGUGCUCAGCGUGGAGAACUGGAAAGGGGCGCUGGCGAGCGGCGAGUGCUGCGGCGGGGAAAGGGGGGCUAGGCAGGGCCAGGGCGUCGACUGCAGCGCUGUGGAGUGCAGCACGUAUUUCAGGGCGUGUCUGAAGGAGUACCAGGUGGAGGUCAUGACCUCGGGCCCAUGCACCUAUGGAACAGCGAGCUCGGCCAUCUUAGGUGGCAACUCGUUUCAGCUUGAGGGAACUGGGAAUAACCGGAACAAAGGCAGCAACAUCGGCACUUUAAUCAUUCCAUUCCAGUUUGCCUGGCCGAGAGCGUACACACUGAUCCUUGAGGCAUGGGACUGGGACAACAGCACUGUCAUUGCUGACAAUGAGAAGCAGCUGAUCGAGCGCAGCGUGCACCGUAGUGAGAUGAACCCCGGCGACGAGUGUCAGGUGAUCCAGCACCCUGGCCACACUGCCAGGUUCAAGUACCAAGUGUGUGUGCGCUGCGAUCGCCAUUACUACAGCAACAAGUGCAACAAACUGUGCCGACCCCGUGAUGACCUCUUUGGCCACUUUGAGUGCGAUCAACAUGGCAACCUGCAGUGUUUGGAGGGCUGGACCGGAUCCGACUGCAAGACAGCAAUCUGUAAGCAGGGCUGCAGUGAAUUGCACGGAAACUGCACCAUCCCGGGUCAGUGCAUGUGUAGUUACGGCUGGCAGGGUCCUCUGUGUGACCAGUGUCUGCCGUACCCAGGCUGCGUUCACGGAACGUGUGUGGAGAAGUGGGAGUGUAUCUGUGAGAAGAACUGGGGAGGACUGUUUUGUGAAAAAGACCUGAAUUACUGCGGGAGUCACCGGCCGUGUGUAAACGGAGGGACGUGUAUGAACACCGAGCCGGAUGAGUAUCUCUGCGUCUGUCCCAACGGCUACUCAGGCAAGAACUGUGAGAUCGUGGAACACGCGUGCAUGUCGAACCCAUGUGCCAAUGGUGGGACAUGCCACGAGACUUCAUUCGGAUUUGAAUGCCACUGUCCGUCCGGGUGGACAGGGACGACGUGCGCCAAAGACAAAGACGAGUGCAUGUCCAGCCCCUGCGCACAUGGAGGAACCUGCAUCGAUCAGGACAACGGUUUCAACUGCCUGUGUCCACCUCAGUGGACGGGAAAAACCUGCCAGAUUGACGUGAAUGAGUGUGUGAAGAGGCCUUGCGCAAAUUCGUACUCAUGUAAAAAUCUGAUUGGUGGAUAUCACUGUGCCUGCCAUCCAGGGUGGGCGGGACCAAACUGUGACAUCAAUAUUCAGACCUGUUAUGGACAGUGUCAGAACGGCGGCACGUGUACGGACGGGCAUCAGGGCUAUGUUUGCCAUUGCCAGCCAGGGUUUGUGGGCAAACACUGUGAGAUGCAGCAGAGUGUGUGUGUGAGCUCGCUGUGUCAUAACGGGGGUCAGUGUCGCACCACACAUACUGGCUAUGAGUGUCAGUGUGUGAGAGGGUACACAGGGACACACUGCGAGGUGCAGGUGGAUCCAUGUGAUCCGAACCCAUGUGUAAAUAAAGCUCAGUGCCACGCCCUGCAGUCGGGCUUCUACUGCGAGUGUGCUGACGGUUACGAGGGCAGAACGUGCGCCGAGCUGACGGACCACUGCAAGAUCACGUCAUGCCGAGUGAUUGACAGCUGCACCAUUUCCGUGGUGAACAACUCCACCCAGGAAGGGGCGUGGCACAUUUCAUCCAACGUGUGCGGCCCGCAUGGCCGCUGUAUCAGCCAAUCAGGAGGCAACUUUACCUGUGCCUGUCUGCCAGGAUUUACAGGGACCUACUGCCACGAGAAUGUUAAUGACUGUGCUCCGUCUCGGUGUAUGAACGGGGGAACGUGUUUAGACGGCAUUAACAUGUUCAGCUGCAUCUGCCGUAGUGGUUGGAAGGGUCAACUCUGUGAUGAAGAGGUUUACGAGUGUGAGAGUGAGCCGUGUAUGAACGGUGGUCUAUGUGUCGAUCUGCACAGCGAUUUUUACUGCCAAUGCACUGACAGCUGGAAGGGCAAAACCUGUCAAUCACGAGAGAGUCAGUGUGACCCCACGACAUGUUUAAAUGGUGGAACCUGCUUUGAUCACGGAGACUCGUACCGCUGUAUGUGUCCACCAGGUUUCACUGGCAGCACUUGUAACUCAGCGAUAAACAGCACCUGCGACUCUCAGCCGUGUGCUAACGGGGGAACGUGCGUCGGAGUGGGCAGAGCUUUUACCUGCAUCUGCAAGGAUGGAUGGGAGGGGCCUACUUGUACUGAGAAUGUUGAUGACUGCAAUCCUCAUCCAUGUUAUAAUGGGGGCGAGUGUGUGGACGGAGUGAACUGGUUUCGAUGUCACUGCGCUCCUGGGUUCGCCGGUCCUGACUGUCGCAUCAAUGUGGACGAGUGUCAGUCGUCUCCCUGCUCUUACGGAGCCACGUGUGUGGAUGAGAUUAAUGCAUAUCAGUGUGUGUGUCCUCAGGGCCGAGCUGGAGCUCGCUGUCAGGAGUUUAUAGGUGUUGGUAAGGCAUGUCAGCACUCGGGUAUUUCUGUUCCUCACGGCUCUCGCUGGGAAGAUGACUGUAACGGCUGUCAGUGUAUGAACGGCAACAUCAAGUGCACCAAAGUGCACUGUGGCGGUCAGCCCUGUCUGCUUGACUCUCAAAAACCCCAGUGCACCAGAGGUCAGGAGUGCACCCAGCAUCACUCCUUUUGUCUCCGCCCCCCGUGUCAGCUGUUGGGCGUGUGCUCUGAUCCUAAUGCUCCACAGAUCAGCACCGAGUGCCGGCCCAACACCGAGUACGCAAACGGCGAGUGUGCACGCGUCACCCUGGUGUUCGACAGCCAUGGCCUGCCUCCGGGAACAACUGUUGAUGGGAUUUGUUCUGAACUCAGAUAUCUCCCGGUCACUCGAACCCUUGCCCGAGAUCACACACUCUUUAUUCUCUGUGACCAAUCACAAUCGAGCAGCAACGCCUUAGAGGUUGCCAUGUCAUUUGAGCAAAGUGCAACAUUCGAGGAGCAUGCAGACAUACAGGAGGUAGUCAGCUCCCUCAUCGGCGUCCUCUCCAAACGCCACAACAGCACACUGCUUCUGGCCAUCCGAGAGGUCAAAGUUGAAACCCAGGUCAUGCCCACAUCCCUGAAUUACCUAGUCCCGCUGCUGUGUGUGUUGUUCUCCGUGUUGUGGAUCUCCUGCACAGUGGUGUGUGUGUGCUGGAUCCGCAAGCGCCGUAAACAGAGGGAAAGCAUUAAUGUGCCGAUGGAGGAGAGCAUCAACAACCAGCAAGGGGCUUUUCUAAGACUUCAAUCCCCUUACGGAGAGAACAGGAAGAGUGAGGCAUAUCCUAUGGACAGGAUCGGAGACGGAGCAGAGAAACAGGAUGAAGAUGAGGAAGAGGACGAGGACAGAGAAGAAGAAAGGGGCCCGGGGCUGGUGGUGGAUAAGUGCCCUUCUUUAAAGUACACUAAAGUGGAGGCAGUGUAUACCGUUUUUACCGCAGCCCAGACACACCCUUUAAUGACGCACUACAGCUCUAAAGACAACCGGUGUAAAGACGUGAACCGGAGCAAAUGAGUCGACGAUCACUACGUAUGAACAAACACCCCUCAAAGCUGAUCUUUCACCCUCUUCUAUAUCCGUUUACACCCACAUCAUUAUUUGCAUUUUUGUUUUUCUGUAAAGGUGGGUAAGGACCCAGUUCUACAGACAAACAAAAAAAUCCGGCGAAUCUGGAAAUGGCAGCUCGGAUUUUGAUUCAUAGUUUUGGGUUUUUUCCAGUCGUAAUGUGUGUAAAGUGUGUAACACGUGCUGUUAGCGUAUUUUCUGGACUAUGGGAUGUGUUUAUUCCUCUGGUAAUUUACAGCAGAAUUAUGUUUUAUAUUAUCGGUUUUAUUUUUGCAUGGUUUUAUCGUCUUCCUUUUUUAAAAGUCCCCUCAGCCAGUAGGCGAUAGGGCAAUAACCACACUGGAGCAAAACCAGUCAAAUACUAGAUAAAUGCUUACAUUCUAUAUUAUUUUACCUUCAUGUGAUCAAGCAUUUUUUUUUUUUAUGUCCAUACAUAGUGAGGUGAAUGCUUAGUGGUUAAGGCACUGGACUUAGGAUUCAAAUGUCAUAAGUUCAAAUCCCAACCACACCAAGUUGCCAUGCCUGAGCCCCUGAGCAAGACACUUAACCUCAAAGCUGCUCAGUUGUAUGAAUGUCGUUCAAAUGCUGUCAAUGUCAUUAACACAAGACGUGGUGCUGUCCAAUCACACUCAAUUUUUAUAGUCCUGAGAAUACGGCUCACAGAAGCGACUGGAUAAAAGAUAAAAGCGAACCCUUCACUUGUCCCGUAGUUCAUCUUGUCAUAAGCGUGUAUUAAAGGCUUUGUUCCUAUGCCACGCCCCUCUCCCCUUUUUAUUUAUUUAUUUCUUCUGGAGUUUUUGACAAUUUUGACAGAAAGCAGUUUUUUUUUACAAAUUUAUAGAGAGAAACUGUGUAAGUAUUAUAAAAAUAUAAAAAAUUAAUGUGUACAUGUGUAAAUAGGAGAGUUAUAGCUGUGUAUAUUUGAGUUUAGUAACUUAAGAGACUUUUUAUUUUGAUUAUUAUUAUUAUUAUUGAUAUUAAUUCUAUUUCUGUCUUUUUUUCACAUUGUCUUUGCUUUUUUAUAUACAUAUUGUCAUUCCUUUUAUUUAUGUUGGUUCAACGCUUUACAAGUGUAUAAAUAUAUAAACCCCUGGAGCACUGACGGUUCUGAAAUCAGAACUCUGUUGGAUGUUGUGGAAAGAAUUUGUUUAAAUGACAAACACUGAUCGGCCUAUUUCCUGUUUUCAAAGGAUGUAUCCCUUCAGUUGUUUCAACACUUCUUUUUCCUUCUGGGCUCUAGGAGGUGCACAACUUUUUGGAAAUUAUGGAGCUGUCUUUUUUCCUCUUUUUUCCUCUUUUUUUUCCGUGACAUUUUAGAACAUAAGCGGAUGGGGCGUUAGGGCAUAAGCGGCACAGUGUUAGUUGAACUUGUAAUAAUAAAAGACAAGAAAUAA